UCCCUCUUUCUCUUUCUCUCCCCUCCUCUCUCGUUUUCCCUUUCCCUCGCGGCCCCUCGGGUCUUCGCCUGACGACGCGCUGCUCUCUCAGGCAUUCCGGCGGAAACCGACGUCGUGCGAGGACACGUAUCCGCAGUUUCGUUACGCGUACACGCCACAACCGCCGCUCUUUCGCACUCCGGGAGUUCGGUUACGAGUCGCGAAGUCGCGAGGUCUUUCUGGAUUAUCGACGUGGAUCGCAGGUCGCCGAUUCUGAGCAACAUGAGCACUAAGGAGAAUAACGAGGUCGCCGUCGAGAAGGUGACGGAGAACGACAAGGCAUCCGCGGACGCGAAAUGCGACAUCAAGGGGAUCAAGAGGCCAGCCGAGGAGAAAAGUGAAGAAACGAAAAAACAGAAAAAAGAGGAAAAUGGAGAUGGGGAAGUAGAAGAAGAAGAAAUUGAAGAGGAAAUUGAAGAGGAGGAGGAAGUAGAUGGUGAUGGAGAGGAAGAUGACGACGACGACGACAUACCUGAAGGUGAAGAAGAUUUAGAAGAGGGAGAAGAUGAAGAAGAUGAUGAUGCGGAAGGUGAAGUGGAAGGUGAAGUAGAAGACGAAGAGGAGGACGCAUAAUGAAAGAAGGGAAAGAGAUAUGUAACUAAGAAGGGAGAUGUUAGGCACGUGGCGUCAUCGUCGAUUUUCGGCAAACUCAGCAAACUUACUCUCAUAUUGAGUGGUUGGUAACAAUGUUGAUAUCCAUCGUGCCCAAUCCGUGUUACUGGAUCCUCUCUCUUCCGACCUACAAAUAAAAAUUACCACCUCACCGGAAUUGUGGUGGGCUGACACGCAUUAGAUGCGAACGCAAUUCUCUACUUGUCUUGGCUCUUUGCAAUUCUGGUAGUCUAGCCGUCACCAAAUGCUAUUAGGUAGUUUGAAUGAUAACUAUAUAUUCGUCCUGUGGACUCGGGGGUUAAUUCUACUUGCUAUCCAUAUUCUUAUUUUCGAUCGUUUGUUCGCACGAUUCCCAAGACGAAUCUAUUGUUUUAUCCGAACCACCUACUAACUGGUAUUUGCCGUCAUCUGGCUUUCUUCGUCGGGACAAUUUUAUAUCGAAACUUAUUUAAGAUAUAAAAAAAAAACUAUUAUAUUUAAAUAGUUGUAAAAUGAAUAUUUGAAGGGGAUGAUUUUUUUACAUUUAAAAUCAAAUUUACGUUUGUAGUUUGACGAAUGUCUCUCACCUUGUGCGUGUGAUAUAUUGAGUUCUCCUUCUCGAAUCGAAAUGAGUAAUUGCAGUGUCUUCACAGGAGCGCGAGGCUAUCGAGCAGAAUUAAGCGAUUCAUACGUAACGAGCGGCAAAUAAAUAAAGUAUAAAAAUAGACACGAAUGGACAUCUCUCGGCAUUCAAUAUGUACACUAAAACAAAAAAAGAAAAAAUCUUAAAAUAUAGAUGUAACACAUACCGCUUCGUGCUCCUGUUUGGUAUAGAGACAGGAAUUAAGAUUAACGCUCGCGUCUGGUAGUGUGGAUGAGUAAUAUGUGACUUUAAUAUUGCAUAAUAAUUAUACAUAGUAUGUAUAAAGUUAUGGGAUAAGAAACAUUUUAUUAUUAACGAUAAUAUUAUGUAAACGUAAUAUAAUGUGGAGAGGUUGUUACACUUUAGGCUUGGGCAUAGAUAAGGGAGAGCAUCGAACAGUCAACUUGCAAAGUGUAAGGGCACCACCCUUUUUCGAUUCAUUUCAACCAAUUAUAUAUAUAUAUAUGUAUAUAUAUAUAAAUUUUUGUAGAAGGUAAGAGUUCAAUUAUAUAUAUAUAGAUAAAUAUAUAUUUAUAACUGCAGAACUGCCGUACAUGACGCAAAAUUAUAAAAAAAAAAUCUGAGCUACACACAUAUUGUGACAAUUAUAUAAUAAGUACUCUUACUCUCCCUAUUCGAAUGUUCUUAAUUGAGCGUAAUCGGAGUGCGUUUCAGUUACUUUUAUGUAUCAUGAUUUUAUCUUGAUUUUACUGUGGACUACUCAUAACAAUGAUUCGUUGACAGUUGCAGAAUGAGUCGACAGUAUUUAUUCGUUCUUAUAGUUUUCUACAUAAUGAUCGCGGUGUCGUAAGAAUUGUACAUUCAUCAGAUUCGCGUUAAAAAAAGACAAAGAUAUUUAAGAUUUUUUAUGACACGAUCACAUGAACCGACGAUUGAUUCGUCGAUUUGAUAAUUAAAAAAAAUGGCUCUUUAUGCAAGAGUAGGUGAAUCAUUGCGACUGGCAUGUCCAUGCCGCUACUUAUUUUCGGGAGACUGUUAGAUAAAAGGGUGAAGAGACAUUGCGGUUAUACCAUGUACCAUAGCAGCAUAAUAAUUAAAUAAAGGUAACGAUAAUUUGAAUGCGAGAAGAUGUCCCACGUUUUAAUGUACAAAUAUUUUCGAAUGAGAUAGUUAAAUAAAACGCAGUUAGAUCAGAGAAAAAAAAAUGAAUUCGUUCUCAUAAGUAGUGAUAGGUUUUAAUAUCUGAAAUGAGAAUUGUGAGGAGAUGGCAGGCAGUGUAAGGGCUGCUUCCACUCACGGACUAAAAUCCCGCUAUAUGGAAACCAAGGAGAUGGGGGAUUGGACCGUGUUGUAACGUUGAUACUUACAAGAAAUCCCUUACCGUCAAACGAUGAUGCAGAAAGAAAACUUGAAUACUCCUCAUAAAAACAUAUGUAACGCGUUCAACAGCCGAUCAAUGUCAUAAUGUGAUGCGUACAGAUCAUUAUUUCCAGCAGUCUCUGUUAAUCUACGGUUUUAUACGCAAUUUGCUGCUGCUGUAAAAUUUACACGUGUUUGCUUCAAGAUAGUAACUUGACGAUGACAAAUUGGCAAAGGACUAUCUUAAAGUACAGGUGCUUGGAGCAAAAUCAGUACUUUAGCGCAUUCACAUAGUACACUAUAAAUACUAUAAGUAUAGGUCCAUUUAAUUUUAUUAAAUACAAUUACUAAGCCCCGUUGGCAACAUAUUUUCCAGAGAGACUUGCGUCUUGUACUGUGUCAAGCCCUUCCCAAGUACCGGUAAGCAGAGAGCGAGUACGGUACUCCUCUUCGCGCUCGGGUACUCGACGCGAUUCGGAAAACUUACCGAUGCUAACGGGUCUUACAAUCAAUCAGGCUGAUUGCCCACACAUACAAUCCGUUACAUCCCUACGUUAGGUAAGCAUAAAAAAAAAGUUUAAGACAUAAAAUCUGGUAACUGACACGAUUUAAACGUAAACGAAGAUCCUAGGCUAAGAAUUUGGUUUGUGUGUUCAUAAGUCUCUUGUUCAAGCUACUUUUGUACAGGAUACCAUCGCAUCAUCUCUUUCAACGUGUAACAGUAUAACCGACACGCCACAGACUCUAUAUAUUUCUGCCCAUUCCAUCAGAACUGAAACUUUCAUUGUAUUUUUAAGUAAAUACAUUUUGGAAAACAA